AAGCAAAGAUGUCGGUAGUGAAGGAGAUAGUUCUGUAUUUUCAAAAAGAUUUGUAUUGCAAAAUAACCGAGAUUGCUCCUAAAAGGGGUAGUGCCAAUGAAUAUCUUCAAUGAGAAUGAAGAAAGUUUCGGUAGCUGAGGAAAACAAUGGAAAAACUCAAGGAAAAGAGGGAAGCAAGCUUAACAGGUCCUCUAUGCAACUUGCAAAUAGAGUGGAUAUUCAGCUGAGGUCUGCAGUGGAAUGGCAAGAUCUUUUUCAUCCAGAUGCUGUUGUAUUGCGACAGAGGCUUAGAGCCCAGUGCGAAAGCCUUAUUCUUCAUCAUUCCAAGGAGUAUGGCCGUAGGGCUGAAGAACGACUAUGGAGAAAGGUCUUCUAUGAUGUCAUCCAGAAGCUCAGGAACCAUAGAAAGAUCCAAGAGGGUGAUACCCUUCCUCUAGAUGGAGUUCUCCGCACCCAUCUGUCCUCUGCAGCUGGAUAUUAUUACCACCUGUUGACUCAUCUUCAAUGGCGAUAUCACCUUGCUGUUGAUGGUAUAUUGUCUUGGGGUUUGCUAUCCAGGCACCAAGCUGAAAAUCAGGAUGAAGAGGUCCAAUCCUGGGCAGUAAAAGCCUGUCAACGCUGUCUCAUAUUCCUUGGAGAUAUUGCACGGUAUCAAUCAGACAUUGAAGGAGAAGAUGCUAUUAAACUUGCUGAGAGGUUCUACUCUGAAGCAGCUCUCAUUAAUGUUGACAUAGGCAUGCCUCAAAACCAACUUGGAACCCUUGCUGGCACGAAAGCUUAUGGCUGUGAGGGAGCCUAUUUUUACUUACGCUGUUUGUUGUCCAAGGAGGUGUUUGAUGGUGCUGAAGGAAACUUGCUGAGAAUUUUUGAAAAGAACCGUUCCAUCCUGCAUAGGAUUAAAGAGUUGCCUUUGGAUGAGCCCAGACCCAAAGUUCACCCGAGAUAAGCAGUGAAGACAUAGGUCAUCUUUGCCAGUCAGUAUUACAGGACUUCAGUAGUGUCCUAUCUGUAGAUCCAGCCUCCUCCACUCCAAGCCACAACUCAUCACUAGAAAAUGGUCUGAUUGCUGCUCAGGAAAAUGGCGGUCUGGAGCAUGACGUCACUGAAGACAUCGAUGACGUCAUAAGCAGCUCGCUUAUGGUGAAGCUGGUUGUCAUGGCGAUUGCAGCUGUGACCAGACUACAGUCAAAGGGUUCUCAAGAGUCGUCGGUAGCAAUAGCGUUCACUUUAGCGUUCUUGUCUCUUCUUCUUCAACACUGUAUUUCGUCGUUAGAGAUUUACUUAGCUAAAGAACACUCCAACGCAGAACACCAAGCGAUGAACGGACCAGCAAAUGCUGUGCUCUCACACAACGGGCUGAAUUCGGAAAAGUUGUCGAAACACGAUAAUUCCGUGACAGGAAUUACAGCGCAAAGUAAUUUAAACCGAAACAAAGCAAUCAAGAACGUCUUGAAACAUCGGCGACGAAGAAGGAGGCGAAGAAAUAUCGAUUACAGCUUUGACAGCUACAGUGGCAGCGGAAGUGAUUUGGAGGAGUCGGAAGACAAUGAAGAAGACGAAGACAGCGACUUGAGUGAAGGCGGAGAAAUGGACGGGGAGUUGGAGGAUUUGGUCAGCGAUGAAGAUGACAGUGAAGAUGUUUAUGUAGAAAGUGAAUCGGACGAAGAGGGUAGUAACACUGGAUCCCUGCCAAAGGCGAUGUCCACGGCUGCAAAUGGACGACAUCUGAUGAAGGAAACACAGCAUAAACCCGCAGACAAGUCGCUUUGUCAUCAAACUGCUUCAGACAAGCUGGGGUUUAGAGCCAGUCUAUUGGGACAAAAUGGGAUUUCAGUGGGGAAAGUUUUCAGGCCUGAUCUGUUCAGUGAUGUGAGCGACGCAGAAACAGAGUCUUCAGUGGCCUCAAGAGCUGAAAUACUUAGAGAUUGUGUAGAAUCCAACUUGCUGAAGGCCAUAGCCAAUCAGAAGCUCUUACCUGCCAUCAAGGUGAUGACUGACUGGCUGCGACUCAACGGAGAACUGGUGAUGACUUGUGUUGAGAGCCUCAGCUCCCUGUGGUCAAGACUGGCUGUUCUACUGAACAAGUUUCCAUCGCCAGAGCAAAUGAUUGUUGCAGUUCCAUUAACAAGACUGCAAACAUGGCAAAGUGUUCUUGACGAGCCGCUCGAUAAGGACUGGGUCCAAACACGUGGUCUACCAGAAGACAUGUCUCUGUUAGGAUUUACUCCACUGACCGCUAUACACAAUAGGCUCGACAGGAAGUGGAGCAGGCUUACGAGGGACUGCUACUAUCUUGAGGCUGCAGUUCGAGUUCAGUGUUUGAGAAGCUUUGGAAUGAAGGUGGCUUCUACUCAGGAGCUUAGUUCGUUCGAUUGGGACCCGAACACACAUCAGUUUGUUGGACCUCAGCAGAUGGCGGAACGAGAACAAAUGAUGGCUGUUGAUAAACGACCUGCAGCACCGCCUGUGGGAGAUCAUGAUAGACGAGCUAGAGUGAUGAAAGUGAUGGCGCAACAGUUAUUACAGUCGGAAGUGGCUGAACUAGAGAGCACCCUUAACGCAGCUCCUCAUGAUGGACCAGUUUAUGUUGUUCCUGAUGCUAUGGCACUUUGUACUCAGUUACAUCUGGUGCGAAGACUGAUCGCCUCGGAAAAACUUGUGGUCAUCAUUCCUAUCCAAGUAAUUUCUGCGCUUGACGAUCUGAAAAAGUAUGACAGUGGUGCGAGAGAGGCUACUAAGUUUUUAGAGCAGGAGUUUAAAAAAGGCAACAGAUGGAUUAGAGCUCAAAAAGAGAAUGAAACCUUAGACGGACAACGGAGGCGCGGACGUUAUGAGGACGUGGCAGUGUGGCGUUUCAAUCAAAUCGUCAGCUGUUGUCGCUUCUUCCUGCGUCAAACUGGCAAGGGCCUCGUGACUUUACUAACCGGAAGUACCUCGUAUGAGGCUCCAAAGCGAGGCCAAAGAAAGGGUGUGACCUCUAGUGGUACCCAGGCUACCCCAGAAGCAGUGGAAUUUGCGCGAAGCUACGGAGUCAACGUGGAAUCUCUUCGCGCGUUCUGUGCCCGGUUCUCCAAGCAGUAUAAGGCAGUUACGUGACGUUUCGUGGAAAUCCAGAUGUUCUGGAAGAGAUAAAGAUAUGAUGGGUUGUGCACCUAACCCUACCAACCUAAAAUGUAGGGCUGAAAAACAACAUGACCCAGCAAUACCAACCUAGCCGGGUGCAGUCUAUAGAUAAAGCAAACCACCACAGGGUAACAAGCUUGUUCCCUAUUGCUUAAGGAGAUGUUUAAGUGUAACCUUUCAAGUAUGGCACCCCUUUCCAAGAUAACGUUCUAAAAAUUGUAGACGAAUUUCAUUUCAGCCUUUAUAAAGGUGUGUGCGGCUUUCAUUAGCCGUUACAGCUCGCAAUUUCUGUGUUUGAAGCAAAACGUUCGGUUGUCAUUCGGCCAUCAAUGGCCAUACCCAUCAUGUAAGACAAAUCCUAUCUUCCUGCCUUCUCGACUUAAAUUUGUAUUUGAAGUAACAACUGUGGGAGGGUGGGGUCGUGAGUGAUUGGUAUUGAACACUAAGUUGUUGCAUCUCGAUAGUAGUCGGUUUGACCUCCGCCGAUUAUCUCGGAUUUUGUCUGAAAAUGUCAGUAAUCAAGGUAAAAGUUAAAAUAGGUAGACCAUGAUUUAUUGUGUUGGCUCUCAGCAAUCUUCAUUAUUAAGUGUUUUCCAAAAUGUUUCACGUCAUGACGGUAGAUAUGUUAAGCAAACACACUCGUUGCUGUCAAAAUUACGCUUUGUUGCUAAAUGUGCGUAGCUAAAUGUGCGUAAUAGUAUGGUAGGCAUGGGUAAAAGUACUUCCAUUUAUCUUCAUGAAUAACUUGGACCAUUAGAGACGGUUUUUCCUUAUAUUUAAAGGUGAUGGCAUACUGAUCCAUGUGGACUGUAGAUUGUUAGCGUAAUGGAACCCAGCAUGAUUAGUUUGCUUAGAAAGACACGAUUUGAAAACCUUCCUGUUUGAAAAGUUUUUCUUUUGCACACUAUUUGAUCAUGGGGCAUGAUUCGACGUUGCUUGAUUGAUUCAUUUCACGCGCUUUAAAAGUAAACAUCGAGCAGAUAAGUAGUAAGGUGGCCGAAUAAGAAAAUGUUAGAUCUUGAAAGGUGUCAGAAAUCGACGUUGCAUUGAUGCAUUGUAGAGACAAUUAGUGAAUCAAUAAAUGUGUUUUCUUGGACAAUCA